ACAGGCAGCCCAUCUUUGUUCUCUGAUCACUUGAGAAUGUCAGGACGCGGCAAAGGAGGUAAGGGUCUGGGGAAAGGGGGUGCCAAGCGCCAUCGCAAAGUGCUGCGCGACAACAUCCAGGGCAUUACCAAGCCAGCCAUCCGGCGCCUUGCUCGCCGCGGCGGCGUGAAGCGCAUCUCCGGACUCAUCUAUGAGGAGACCCGCGGGGUGCUGAAGGUCUUCCUGGAGAACGUGAUCCGGGACGCCGUGACCUACACGGAGCACGCCAAGCGCAAGACGGUCACCGCCAUGGACGUAGUCUAUGCGCUGAAGCGCCAGGGCCGCACCCUUUAUGGCUUCGGCGGCUAAACGGCAUUUUGAAGCCCUGUCGUUCUCUAAAAAGGCCCUUUUUAGGGCCCCUAA